AUGCAUGUCUCCGAUGCAGGAGGCAGAAGCUGCGCUGCGACAACACCCGUCCCUGUGCUCUAUGCAUUCGAGUCGGAGUCGCGUGUGAGGAACGUCCUUCAGGAUCGAGGUGAUCUCUCCAGUCUGGCCAACUCCGUCGCAGCAUUCACUUACUGGGAUCAUCGCGGACUCCGCAAUGCGUCCCCUGCAAGGAGUCUCCAAGAUGACCGACCAUCUGCUCCCGAAACGCCUCUGCUGAACAGUAGUCCUCUCUCAGGAACUGGACAAGACUCACGAAGCCAACAGUCGACCGUGGAUACGCCUCACCUGUAUCGACCAAGGACGUCGACGUACGAGGUUGUGGACAAGAUCUUCAAAGAACAUAAUCCCCAAGGGACCAUUCACCAUACGUCUGCAGCUAUACCUGGUGGUAGCCCCGAAGCGAGGACGCAUAACUCUGAAGUCCAAUAUCUCCUGGUGUCAGAUGUCGUCGGUGAAGAUCUACCGCCGUCUGAGAUCAUUGACCUUGCGUUGGACGCCUACACCCGAGCUGUACAUUGGUUCAUGCUCAUGCUCCACCUGCCGACAUUUAGAGCAGAGAUGCAGACGUUCCAGGGCACAGGCUAUGUGCGUGCCGAUCGAGUCCCGUCGCUGGUCUUGGUCAUUCUCGUCAUCGCAGUCGGUGCCAAGUAUAUAACAAGCCAGACUGCACGUGAGAAAUGCCCCGGCUUUGACCUGAACGGUCUCGGCGAUAGGUUCAUCGGCAAGGUGGAGGAGAAACUUCUCGACGUGUAUGAAGCCUCUUGUAUCGAGGCCGUCCAAAUCUCGGCAAUUCUGUCAUCAUUCUACCUCUACCAAGGCCGCCCUAGUCGCAGUGUUGCUGUCAACGGCAGCUGUCUGCGGGUUGCUAUGACCCUGGGUUUGCAUAAGGAAUCAAGCUGGAAGAUGCAAGAUGUCGUGACUCGAGAACUUUGGCGGCGUCUCAGCUGGGUCAUUUACACGGCCGAGGUGUUUGGUGCUCUGGCCUAUGGAACUCCAGGCACGAUACGUGAUGAUGAGUGGGACGUGUCCCUGCCUGAAAAUAUUGGCGACACUCCCGAAACCUGCCCUGGGUUUGCGUCCACAGAAACCUACGAAGGAGAACCCUGUGGCCCGGUGACAAUCCUAUCCUACCAGCGUUAUAAAUUCCGGCUGUAUCGUAUUGCUUCAUCGAUAACGAGAACUAUCUACCGACCUAACGGAGCCUCCUGGAACUCUAUUGCCACAGAGAUCAAAGCCAUCAACGACCGACUCCAGCAAUGGGAAAAGAGCAUACCCCCGGAACUACGACUUUCGAGUCUCAGAGUGACAGCAGACAAUGAGUAUGACCGGCGCAUGAUCAAGAUAUUUCAACUCCAGGCGCUUGUUCUUCAACUCUCAUACGAUAAUAUUCAGCUAGUUUUGCACCGCCCGUUGUUGACCAUGAACCGAGCACCCUCACCGCCGGCACUCAAUGACACUGGCCAAAGUCAAGGACCAUUUGGGGAUGGCUCGAGUCGGAAUUUGAGUGAUCUCAACGAGAUGAUCAAAACAAGCAGGUACCAAUGUUGGGUUUCGGCCAUGAGAACCUCGAAGAUGGGAGACCAUGCCGAAAUCUUGUCUGCUUCAAGGGAAACCCAUGGAGGUGCUUAUGUCGGGAUUCAAUCCUUCACUGCUGGUGUGGUGCUUGGGAUAUUUGCCCUCUCCGACCCACUCUCAGACCAGGCCCAUCAAGCCAAACGCGCUGUUAGCAAGAUCAUCAAACUCCCUCGUUUGUACGAGUAUCGUACGACGAUCUCCGAUCAAUGCGGCGUUAUUCUUGAAGAGCUCUUGCGACUGAUACUGGCCGAGGAGAUGAAAGCGUUGCUCGUCGAGGGUGAUGCCUCCACCAAAGCGGGUGCAGCAGAGCAGGCCAUUGCGAGGAGUCGUGCGAAUUCGAAUUCAGCAGAAAGUGAGCAGCCUGGGCACCAGCGGUUCCCGAGGAUUGAUUUUGAUCCUCCUCUAACUAAUACCGACGAUUUUCCAAGCAUGGACAACCCGCGAAGUCUUCCGGAUCAGUCUCCAGAAAUCCCUCGGGACAUCUGCAUGGGUAAUUUUAGCGAUGCUCUUUUAUCGCUACAAGACAUCAGAACGUCCAACACAUUUGACAACACCACGCAAGCAUGGAUAUGGGAUGAUUUGAUCUGGCAACCCGAGAUUACAUAA